CUGGACUGUGAGGGGGUGGGGUGGUAAAGUGUGCGGAGUUUAAUCUGCGUAGUUGCAGCCAGAGUUGAAACCAGGAGUUUCUUACAAAUCUGUGAGGAUUUAUUUAACGUGCCCCAAAAUAAAGAACACCCUUUAUGAAGGCAUUCAUAGUAAAAUAAAGAAACACAAUAAGUCACACAGAGGCUGACAACAACCAGUGUGCAAAAGAAGACAAACUGUGCAAAGAAUAUUAAUAAUAAGUGAGUGUAAAGGGAGCACGGGUGACCAAAUCUGGUCACUUUAAAGGAGGCGUGGCAGUGGGGCUCUGUUUGAAGGGACGAUGAUCCUGGUGCAGAACCAAUCCUGUGACAUACGGAACAAGUUACAUUGAAUGUUCGUGAAGAUAUCGUGUUUGUCCAUGUUACAAAACCACCUACAUCAAAGGAGAGCCAGUUCGGAGGUUUCGUUACAUCCUAAAGAAAAUCCCAGGAGUUCAGUGGGCACGAAUUGCAUUUUUCUUCACAGUCAAAACCUGUGCGUUGGUUGCCCUGAGCACCUUCUUUACUAAUUCAUGAGCCAGAGGGAUGCAGUUGCUCAGCUUUCAGAACGGCUUCUCAUAGCUGCACACAAAGGCCAGACGGAGAAUGUUGUGCAGCUCAUCAACAAGGGGGCCAGAAUCGCUGUCACCAAGCAUGGGCGUACUGCUUUGCAUUUGGCUGCUUACAAAGGGCACAUUGAUGUUGUACGAAUUCUCCUGAAAGCAAGUUGUGAUCUGGACAUUCAGGAUGAUAGUGAUCAAACAGCUCUACAUCGGGCAGCUGUUGUGGGCAACACAGAGGUUAUCUCAGCACUAAUUCUUGAGGGAUGUUCUCUGGAUCGGCAGGACAAGGAUGGUAACACUGCUCUGCACGAAGCCAGCUGGCAUGGAUUCAGUCACUCUGUCAAACUCUUGGUCAAAGCAGGAGGAAAUGUUCAUGCAAAGAAUCAGGCAGGUAACAUAGCUCUCCACUUGGCUUGUCAGAAUGGCCAUUCCCAGAGCUGCCGUGUGUUGUUACUGGGAGGAUCUAGACCUGACAUUAAGAACAGUAUGGGAGACACAUGUUUACAUGUUGCAACACGCUAUAAUCAUGUGGCUAUUAUUAAAAUCCUCCUGAGUGCUUUCUGUUCUGUCAGUGAGAAGAAUCAGGCUGGAGAUACACCCCUCCACGUUGCUGCUGCCCUCAACCACAAGAAAAUAGCCAGACUCUUGCUGGAAGCAGGAGCAGAUGGAAGCAUUGUCAACAAUGCUGGUCUGACCGCCCUGGAAGCAGCCAGAGAGAGCGACAGUCCUGAAGUGGCCCUUCUUCUCACCAAGGCACCACAGGUUCUCAGUUUCUGUCGUGGGAGAAGCCUGAGGAAGAAGAGGGAGAAACUGAAGGAAGAGCGUAGAGCCCAGUCUGUGCCUCGCGAUGAAUUGAUCCAGAGUAAGGGAAGUGUUUCAGUCGAUGACGUCCAUAGCAGUGAGCAAGGACAUCAGAAGAAAAGAAAUGAAGAUGAUUUAAUCAGAAUGACUACACCAGAACAGAAGAGAAAGCGGGACAGAAAGAAAAAGCAGAAGGAAAAGGGUUCUGCCCUUUCUGAUCCUCCUCUGGUGUUAGACCAGCAACUUCAGCAAGAUAGCAAACACAACAGGAGAAGGAGAAAUAAACAUUGCUGCUGUUCCCCACCUCCACAGCAAGGCCCUCUCCCACAUAAUUUCCGUGCCUACCAGCUCUACACGUUAUACAGAGACAAAGAAGGCAAAGUCAUGCAGGCCCCCAUCAAUGGCUGCCGUUGUGAACCUUUGAUCAAUAAAUUAGAGAAUCGCCUUGAAGCUACAAAAGAAGAAAUAAAAGCAGAACUGGAAACUGUGCAAGGGAAGUUAAAUACAAAACUUGGAGAACUGGAAAGAAGGAAUAAACAUGAGAUCAGAGUCUUAGAAAAGUUAACAUCUGAACGGAUUUCAGUCGAACGGACCGAAUGCCUGCACCGCAUUGACCAGCGUGCAGUACUGGAGCGACUUGAGGGAGACAGACGUCAGGCAGUAAUGUUCGAUGAUGUGAAAUUAUGGUUUUCAUCCAAGCUCCAAAACCUUGAGCAUAAGUUGUCAGGAGAACUGAUGUCUAAAUCUACAGCAGUUGAUGGUGAGGACCUGCCAGAGACUGUUAACACUGAUGCCAUCCAAACCAACAGGGAUCAUAAGAAUUUCCAGACUGGAGAACAACAUCAGCAGCCCUACAUUAGUCUGCGUGGUAGCUUGUCGGAAGAAUCAGGAAGUGCUAAAGUCCAGUCCUCGGAUGAGACAUCAGGCAGACAGCACCUUGUCGUUCAACGUGAUUUUCCAUCAGGAGCAACGCAACAUACUAUGACUGUUUCCAGUUCUUCCUCAAAUGUGCCUCAGGCAACUUCUCCAGUGGUUCGACCAAAGCAAAGAGCCUCUUCUCUUGCUGCUAAAAUACACCACGAGUUUCCAUCUUUGGAGCAGCCUGUGGUCAAAUCUGGGCACGUAAAGUUUCAAACUGCUCAGAAAGACACAGGUUUGACUGACCAAGCAGUAAGUGGCCAACCUCUUGGAGGAUGCAAUCAAAACAAAAGCACUCAGACUAAAAAAUCUCUGAGUGCAAGGCACAAGCAAAAACAGAGCAGCGCACAGACCCCUGCUUCCCACCGCUUGGGCCAGCCCAUCACGCAGAUCAAGGACAGCUCACCAGUACUUGAAAUCACUCAGUAUUUUUUUGAGGCAGUUUCCACACAGAUGGAAAAGUGGUACGAAAGGAAGAUUGAAGAAGCAAGAUAUCAAGCAGAUCAGAAAGCAAAUCAAGAUAAAGUUGCUUUGCUUGAACAAAUUAAAAGUUUGGAAGAAGAACUACAGAAACUGAGGACAAAAAUGCAGACGGAUAGCUAGCAGUUGCCAGUAAGACUAAUCUUCCUGUUGAGUGAAGAUCCCAUCAACAUUCCUCCUCUCUAACUUGUGGACUGUCACCGAGUUUAAGCCUUGCAUUAAAAUAAUGCAUGUUUUCUCUAGGUUUGUUACACUGUUGUAUAAAAGAUUAAAUCUGACUUUGAUUUAAUAUUUCACUAUCCUGUAAUAUAUUGAAAUAGGUUAGGGUCUCAUUGUGUUGAACUGAUACACAAAGUCAAGAUAUUGAUGAUAGAUUUAAGGCUUACAAUAGGACACGUUAAUAAAUAGUUACUGAUGGCAAGUGUAGAAGUUUGUAUAAUUAUAAACCUGUAUUAGUACAUCCCAGCAAUGCAAAUCAUACUCCUUAGCACUUGUUAAAUUAUAAUAAUGUAGCACCCUUGGAUACUCCAGUUUUGGGCAACUUGCUCUUUCUUUGAGAACUGUUUUUUUUCUUGCCGUCUUUUAUAUUGUCGAUUUAUCUAACAUUACACAGAAAAAAAGCUCCUUAACCUUAACAUUUCCUGCUAUCAGAGAAAUGUUCUUUAUUAUCUACCAUCUUCUCUGCUCCAACACUAACUUGUUUCUCUUUCUACAAAUGCUUUCCAACUGCAUGAGAUUUCCAGUAUUCAUUUUCUAUUACAAUUGUAUUUAACUUCCUUUACAUGUUUCACUGUAAUAUAAUGUGUGUGUUUUCAAGGGAAUAGGAAGUAUGCAAACACUUCAGACUCCCAACUUUAGCUAUACUCUAGAGGAGUAGUCCCCAAACCUGUUUGAAUCACCUCCCAGAUGACAUACCCAGCGACCCCCCCCCCCCUUUCUGACCAUUACAUAAAACCUAUAAGGGAAAGAAAGCAGUGAAAAAUAAUUGCAAAACUUAUUCAAAUCUAUUUAAAGCUACAAAUACAAUUAUUUAAUUACAGUAAAAACAGUUUUCAUCAACAGUAAUAGUGUACAUUUGUAGUUUAACUAUUCACUACAUUGCCUUUUCACCUUUCAAUGAGACGGAUGAGCUUGGUGUAGUGAUAUCAGCUUCUCAGCAUCAGGCUGAAUGUUACUCAGAAAGAAUCUCAAUUCACACAUUCAGUAAUUUGCAGUCUAUUUAGUUACUUUGAAAAAAGUUGGGCGACUGCAUUCCAUUAAAUACUACAUUGGAAAGGCAGUAAAGACCAUCUUGACCUUUUCCCACACUGCAGGAUAGCUUUUUGAAAUCAAAAGUUUUGAUAUGAUGUUUUGAACCUGGGCUUCAGCUCCAAGCUAUUUUGUAGCGUUAUCAGUUCUUCCUCUAUCCUUCCUGUUAAUUCCUCAUUACAAGUGUAGAGGAAUGCAUUUAUUACCCAAUCUGGAAUUUGGGUCGAGAGAAGACCUGAAAUCUCUCUACAGCUCACCCAGGUGGGCGCAGUAUAUUUGAAGAUCAUCAUCUAGUACUCUUUCUUUCUCUUCCAAAUCAGAGAGGCUCGGAAAUUAGAAAAGGAUGUGACAGUCAAUAUUGACCUUAAAUAGGGUUAACUUGGACAAAAAUGUGGAGGCAACUGAUUUGACUUUUAAGAUUUACAUAAUUUCCUUGCAAAUGAAGAUUGACUUCUUUAAACUUUGCAAAUAAUUCUGACAAAUAGGCAAAGUCAAGCCUAAUAUUCUUCAGUUGAUUAUUGACUGAAGUAUUUUAGUCUUCAAAGAAUGUUAUCAGUUUCAAUAAGCAAAUAAGAGUGUCAGGCAGUUUCCUUUUGAGAGCCACCUGAAUUCUGCGUGCAACUGCAAGCAUUCAAACUGUUCAUUAUUCUCAAUACAAAUCUUUCGCAGUAGUCAAGAAUUAAGAGCACAGACUUGAUUUUAUUUACCGCUGUGUUAACAGUAUAUAAUAAUUUGUGCAGUUGAUCACUUAGGUUUUUUGCAACAAGAUGCUGUAUGUGUAUUACACAUUGCAUGUCAAGAACGGUUUUUUUCAAGAAAGUAAUAACUCCAUGGUGGUGUCCUGUCUGUUGCACAAGUAAAAAUGUUGGUGAGUGGAAUAUCCUUUGAAAAAUUGCUCAGUAACUUGAAAUACUACCUCUCCCUUAUUGUUUCUAGCCUCCUUGCCAAUAACCUUUCUUGAACCAUGUUUUCAUCUUUUGUGAAGCAGACAUAACCAAGAAGCAAAGAUUUGUUGUCUGGCAAAAUUGACUCAUCUAACUGCCAAGCAGAUUCUGUUGCACAGUGUGUCCACCCCAUUCUCAGACAUUUUAUCUACACAUCUUUUAACAGAGUUGUUGUUGAGCAGAAUGGCUUUAAUUAUUUGGUUUGGUGACUUAGGAAAAACCGUACUCAAAACCUCCCUUACUGCUGGCAUGUAUGUUAUGUAGGACUAGAUGUUGAUAUCCCUUAUUUGCGCCCCUGGGACAUGCUGCCUAGAUUCUGCGGGGUAGCCAAGUGAAUGGUGGCAUCUUCUGGGUUAUCAAGUGGGUGCCCUCCUUCCUCAGUGUUUCGCAACACCUCCAGAGGGUUCGGCAGUGGAUCCUGGAGUACUGGGCUCACCCCCUAGAUGCCAUUCACUCACCUGGGGGCCCAGAUGGGAUCCUUUCUCUUCAUCCAGAGCUACUGACUACCCCUUUCAGCAGCUCUGGAGAGGUCUUUGACUGCUUGUUACUGUGUCUUCCCUCGCACUCCCAACUCCCAGAGUAGCCUUGAUGUUGAUGUGGCUUCAAAUCCUCUGCAGCUACUUCGACCGGUCGCACCCUUGCUUUCCAGCCUUGUUACUGCACAUCAGCCACAAGCUCAGCAUACCUCAGCUUCCCGCGCUUGUAGCCCUCCUCCACUGCAUCCUCCCAGGGCACUGUAAGCUUGUUGAUGUAAAUGAGAUGAAGUGAGGCCAACCAUAGCACAAGGUCUGGUCUGAGGCUGGUCUCCGUGAUUUCAGUUGGGAAGCAGAGCCUCUGGCCUAAGUCUGCCACCAUCUUCCAAUCACGUGUCCCGUCUAGCUGCCCGGUGUCUGGUCUUAAUGUGGCAAGUCUGGCUUGACCCUCAAAUUCUGGACAAAUGCUGUUAACGGCCAGUGGGAUGAAGGGGGAGGGAGAGAGCUAACGCUCAUCUGCUGGCUUUCCAGCACUGCUGCAAGACACCGUAGCACCUGGUUGUGCCGCCAGGUGUAUCGGCCUUGAGUGAGGCUAGUCUUGCAGUUCACUGGAAUGUGUUUAUGUGUUUUUGAAGUCAGCCAGGAGCACGUAGGGUCCUCCCCAUACCACUGGCUGAGAUUCAUGGGAGAUGGCAAGACAUGGUAGGCAGCCUUGAUGGUGAAGCUCACUCUGAAUGUCUCCAACUCCCACAGCUCUCUCCAGAUCUUUCUUUUCUCCACUCCCUCCCAUCUCAUCCAUUGCCUGAUCGACGGCCUUUGUGCACCUUGCUGCCGCCUCCUGCCGACGUAUCUCCUGCGUCUCUGAGACGGAGCAGCCUCCUUUCCAGCUGGUGUACUGUCCCCAAGGCCAGACCGCUCCUCCCUUGCUGCACUCGGCCCACAAUGUCCCUGUGCUUGAGUACCGCCUUUGCUUGGUCAGUUGCAUCUGAUGGAGUCCAUUUUCUCCCAGUAUCCAGGAUGAGGGCAGCUUGUGCUACAAAUGAAUCACUCGCCUCUGUUAACAUCAUCUCCAGUCUUACUUUAGCGCACUUGUACUCUGAAAGACUGGAAUCAGUUGUUUUUCAAUUGUAUGGAGUUUUCCAGAUUUAGCAAUAAGCAAUGCAACAGUAUGAAGCAUGCAAAGCAUCACUGCUUUGUUGUGAAGUGGUGGCAAACAUGUUUUGAAGUGUUUGCUGUUUCUGAAAGUUGUCAUUGAAGUAACUGAAAACAAGUUCUUGUUUGCUUUAUCAGAUUGUAUUCUGUUCAAAUGUUCAAGGAGCCUGGCUGGUUUCAUUGCCUCAUUUGGAAAAACAACUUUUCCCAUGCAACAGACACAUUGGCUGCUGUUGUUUGCCUGGUGCCAGUAUAAAUCCGUAUUUCAGAUAUUCCAUGUGAUACUGUCUACACUUCUUUUCACUUUGGUCAAUUUGUGCCUGUUUCAUUAUGGAUUAACAACCAUAGUCAAUAACCUUUGCUUAGGUCCAACUUCAAGCACUGUGAUAAAGGAAAGAUAGGACAAGCCCUGACUCUGCAGGAAGGUACAUAAAGUGGGGCAGUGAUAUCUUGGGUAGACCGUGGACUAAAGAAAUGCAGUCAAGACCAUUUGCAAGGCCAGAUUCUGAACUUUACCCCACUGACUGCCAUAUCCUAUAUAUUCACAGGAAUUGCCUCAAUGUUUGUUUAGAGUAUGGGUGAUAGCAAGAGUGAAUGGCAAUGAAGUGCGGGCCGGGCCCAGAAAUAACACUAUUUCUUCAGUCCAGACUUCUCAUGAUAGGCCAAAUACAGAAGUGCCACAUUGCUUUUCAACAACUAUAAUACGUUUUGAGCAAAGUCUUAAGAGAAUGGUGCUAUUAGCAAGAGAUGAGGUAUUUACAUGAUCAUUGUAAUUAUUAACUGAGGAUCAAAUGCUUACAAGUAGUAAUUUAUUUCUUAAAUUAAGCCUUAAUCCCUUGCUACCAAGUGCCCCCAUCACUCCCUUUAUCACCACCUUAGAAACAUACUCUGCCUCCGCACCCGAGUGGGGGGGGGGGGGGGGGGGGAAUACUGCCCACUUUGGGAACUACUGCUCAUGAGGAAUGAGUUUGCCAAAUGCCAAAACAACAGGAUUUCCAAGUUAAAGUGGAUACUGGAUUAUUGGAGUGUUUUGUCUCAAUGAACAAACAAAGGCCAUGAAAACCUGUGUAAUCUGAAGUGCAUCUUAUUGGAAGUAAAAGACAUUUUUAGGUAUGCACAAAUCCAAUACACCUGAACUCUGUACAGUGAAUUUUUAUGUCCCGUUUUAUAGGAAUAUAACUGACCCAAAUGGCAAUAGCGUCUUACUCAGUAACAUUUUGAUAAGUAUAAUAACCUGAUUGGUAAAUUCAUACCAAGAAGUUUAUUUUAAUUCUUUGGUGAGGAAUUAAGUCAAGGGAAGGAACAAGUUGAGUGACGUUUAUAUUGUAUCUGUGAGCAAACAAUGUGUAUAAUGUCCUAGAUAGUUGCUGAAUGCAGAUGUGAGAAUUUAAACAAGAGGAACAUAAUGUUACUUUCAAAAGUAUGCUAUGUAAGUAGAUUUAUAGUAAUUUACCCAUUUUUAAAACAGUAGUUCUUAAAAGCUUUCAAACCUAUUAUGUUUUACUUCUGGAGAUGGGGUUAGCGCAUUCCCUGAUGGGAUUUUCAGCUUGUCUAGCUUUGGAAAUGCCAAAUGUACUGACACAAGUUUGUGAGCAACAACAAUGUUACCAUGACAAGGGCUUAACUGGAUUUUGCUUCAUAGAUACUGUUCUUCAUGUAUCAAACCUGGUAUGGAUGGUGAAUCUAGGGUAUUGCUAGUUUACAACCCAAAGACACAAUGGGCAUCAAAGUAAAGAAAAACUUGCACAAAGAAAGAUGGCUGCAGUUGUUGAAGUUAAUUAGCCUCAGUACCUCACUGCAGGGGUUCCUAACAGCAGUAUCCAAGGUCCAACUGUCUUCAUCUACUUCAUCCAUCAAGGCAUCAGAACUAGAUGCGUUUGACUGCACAACAUUCAAUUUCAUUCACAACUUCUCAGAAAUGAAAUAAUCUACGCCUACAUGUGGCAAUACUUAAGAAAAUUCAGACACUGUCUGAUAAUGGCAGGUAGCACUCAUACCAGGCAAUGGCCAAAUCCAAGAGAGAGUCCAAACACUUACUCUGGAUCUUCAGUGGCAUUACAAUCACUGAGUUCCCAUCAUCAAUGUCCUGGGUGGGUGCAGAUCACACUUGACCAGGUUAACUGAACUGGGCACAAAAGCAGGUCGGGUUUGGGUACGUUCUAACCAAAGAUUCAUUGCUUGACAUUGAGCCCAUUUAACUAUUUACAAGGUAGAGCAUGAUGGAAUAAUCUCAACUUACCUGGACACAUACAAUUCCUACAGUUUUCAAGAAGACAGAUACUUUUCAUGAGCACCUGUUUGAUAAGCGAACUGCCAGCCACCAAAACAUUCAUUCCUUCCAAAAUCAGCUGCAGUGUGCACUAUAUGUUACUCACCCAGUCUACUCUGGUCACACUUCCCAAAGCUGUAAUCUUCACCACUGUGAGGGCAGCAGAUCCACAGAAAUCCUUGACUUGCAGGUUCGUCUCAAAGGUUGUACACAAUUUUCAACAGUAUCACUGGUUCUUCAUAGUUUUAUGUCCAAUUCCUGAAACUCCCUACCAACACCACAGCGGGAACAUCUUCGCCAGGACUGUGGCAGUUCAAAAAGCAGCUCACCACUAUCUUAUCAAGGUUGGUUACCAAUGGGUAAUAAGUGCUGCUUUUGCCAGCCAAGUGCAGAUGCUGAAAAUUAAUAAAAAAUAGAAAAUAUGCAGGGCAGAUUGUUCUGCCAGUCAUUAUUCAAUAGGUACAUUUUAGGGUACGAAAUCUAAUAGCUUAUGUAGCAAUUAAGGUUAAAGCAACUCUACAAUUGGUAAUAUUUUCAUCACGUUUUGCUUAACACAGCUCACUGUAAUUACUUGAAAUAGUUUGCUUUCUUUCAGAUCACUGGCUCUAUUUACAAGUUAUAGAACAAUCUUGUCAUUUUUUUUACUGGAGCUAUGUAAAUUACACCCUGUCUCAAUUUUUUUAAUAUUAAAAGUCAAAUAUACCAGCAGUUUAUUAAAAAUCUAGAAUCUGAGAAUUUUAAUAAGUGAAUUUCCAAAACCUGUUACCUCUGUGGAUUUGGUUAUUCACAACUUUCCACAGAAAGCAGAAAAAAAGAUGUAAGUGUUAUUUAGAAAUGAAAUAAGUUUGUAAAUCUAUGCCAUAGUGUUGGCAUUUAAAGUUUUGUCUAUUUUGUACAUUUUUAAAAUAUUAAAACUAGAUAUAAUUGA